CAGCAGAGGGGGAGGGAAGGAUUGGUCCGAGUUGCCGGGCUGGUAAGAUAGGUAGUCAGGUGACUCUCGGACCCGGUGCGGGCCAGACUCGACUGGGAAUCAAGCAGCACAACUCAAAAAGGACCUUGCGGAACAGUGGAGGAGGCGACCCGUAAUGGAGUAUGGAAAGAAAAGAGAAAGCAAGACUUGAGAUCCCAGGUGAAGGCAAAGAAAGACAACGAGGAUCGGUAGGCAGGUAGGUAGGCAGGUAGGAAGGCAGAGAUAAGAGAAGACAAGACAAAAGCCCUGGUCGCGAGACUGAAGCAUGAGAGAAGCAGACGAUAAAGUGGUCGGUGCGUCUUGCCCCAGGCGGAGAAGAGGAGCCAGCAGCAGCCAGCAGCAGCCACCGGCACCACCAGAGCAGCAGCAAAAAGAGGAAGGCUACAACCGCCAGGGUGGGGACCCGGUGGUUCAUCUCCUCCUGCUGCUGCUCCUCCUCUCCCAUACCUUAGUACUCUCUCGUUCGCAGUGCCUGCCUCCCUCUGCUCUAGCUCUGCCCUUUGCCUCGAUUCCUGUCCAGGAUGAAGGAGCGAAGGAUCAUAGGGGAAAAAGUAGUCGUUUCGCUACACAACAAAAAGCAGUAACAAGAAAACACAAUCGAAGAAAAUCCCACACUUACUUGGUGAGGUCGAUACACGUCGGCUGCACACCGGAUCUAGAUGGUAAGCCACCAAGCCAAUGGUCGGGGUUUAAACAGACAAAGGAACCAUCCAGGGAUUACCAGGCUAGGAAGAUUGAAGACGAGAAAAGGGAAGUGGAACUGAUGGAAAUGGGAAGCAAGUGAGGUAAGAAGUAGAGGAGAAGGAGAAGGAGAGGGGAACGAUGGGGAAAGGAAAGAUGGAGAUGGGAAUGUGAAGAGGG